GGCGUUGGAGCAGUCCGACGCGGACGCUCGCAAGGAGAUGGUGGGUAACGUGGUCCUGACCGGAGGCGGCUCGCUCUUCGAGGGCAUGCCGGAGAGGAUCACGUCCGAGCUAUCCAGCUCCCUGCCCUCGGCCUUCAAGGCGAGUCCGGACCCUGACCGCUUCCCCGAUCGAGCGAAGGUUUAGCGUGUGGAUCGGCGGGUCCAUCCUGUGCUCCCUCGGCACCUUCCAGCAGCUCUGGCUGUCCAAGCGACAGUACGAGGAGCAAGGGGCUGAUGUCGCCGAGUCUCGCCGAUUUCAAGGAUAAAUCAGCAACGGGGCUCGCGUACCUAUAGGCUAGUGGGGGGGUAGGUAGUACAGUAGGGUUCCGCAUCACAAGGUUCUUAGGGCUAAGUUGGGGGUUUCGAGUGUAGUUUGCAUGCUCCUUGGGACACAAACACGGGGUGCGUGGGGAGACAGGGGUACGGCGAAAGAGACAGGCGCAUCCAACCCUGCCAGGGUAUUAUUAACAUAGUUUUUUUUUCGGCGGCAGCAGGAGAGGGUCGCUGGCUCCGAGUUGUAGAGAGAGUGUUGUUGUGCCUUGAUGGUGCAUGUAAUAUCUGUUCUGCCCGCUUGUGGGCUAUAAGAAUAUAGUAUUAGCCUCUCUGUUGUUCUAAGGGCUAAAGCUUUGUUCUCCAAAGACGGGCGUCAUCGAAGGGUACUUAUUAGCUAGCACCCUAACGCUCCCUUUCCCCUCUCUCGGGUGCGUUCGCCGGAUAGACAAGUGAAAGGCAGUAAGUAGUAUUUCAUGUGUGCAUUUUUGAGGGAAGAAAUGAGCACUCGCAUGCAUGCAUGCACCACCACAUGUACACUGGGAACCGUCCUGUGUGACACACCAGGUCGAAAGUGUUGAAGCAAGCAGAAGAGAAGAGAAGAGGAGAGAAGAGAAG